AUGGUGAUGAAUCAAAAAGUUAUGCGACAAACUUUGUUGGUUCUAUAUUUUCUUCUUCUGAGCUAUAAUGGGGUUCAAGGAGAAACAAAGAGGUAUUCGGAACUAGAGGACUUGGAAUUGGAAAAACAACUUAAACUUUUGAACAAGCCAGCCGACAAAACAAUAGAGACUACAUAUGGGGAUUUAUACGAUUGUGUGAAUUUUUACAAGCAACCUGCAUUUGAUCAUCCAUUGCUGCGGAAUCAUCGUUUUCAUCCUGAGAUGAAACCUACUUUACACAGGUUAAAGCAGAGUUCAGGUACCUCUACAACUAGAGGUUUAUCAACAAUAUGGCUAAACGGUGAAGGUUGUCCUGUUGGAACAGUUCCUAUUAAAAGGAUUAGCAAAGAAGAUCUUAUUAGACAAAGACAUAUUCCACCACCAGAAGAUAUAACAUUUGAUGUCCAAUUGGCUGUUGCUAACAAUAGUGAGCCAAAAAGAAAAUUCAAAUCUUCUCAAGGAUACAAGGUUGCAAUAGCUCGAACUCAAAAUGAUCCAAAUAAUAAGUUUGCGGGAGCAACAAUAGCAACUAGUUUAUGGAAUCCUCACGUUGAAGGUCAGCAACAUAGUGCAAGUCGAUUGAAAAUACAAAAAGGAUCAGAUAUUGUACAAGUUGGAUGGAGAGUGGACCCAGUGCUCUACGGGGAUACUAAAACUAGGCUCUUUAUACAUUUUCAGGCUGGUAAAAUACAUUGCUUCAAUAUACUAUGCCCUGGCUUUGUAUUGGUGAACACUAAGAUACCUAUUGAUAUGGUAUACGAUACUAUUUCACAAAUUGGAGAAGCUUCAUGGGAGGAAACCAUGGCCAUCGAUCGGGAUUUAGUCAACGGGAAUUGGUGGCUCUUGCUUGAAGAGGACUAUAAGCAAAUUGGAUUUUGGCCUCAAAGGAUCUUCACUGAAUUAAAAAGUUUUGCUACAAAUGUUGAGUGGGGAGGAGUGGCAUAUAGUCCAUCAGGUGUGCCUGGACCCCCAAUGGGCUCCGGACUUUUUCCCAUUGGAAACACAGGUCAUGAAGCUUAUUGUAGAAAGAUUACAAUUCUAAAUGAUAAAGGUAAGACCAUAGAUGAAGAUAAAACUACCGCAUAUGCAGACAAUCCUAAUUUAUACAGGGUUGUUGAUAUACCUCAUUGGCAAGCUGCAAAGCAUCAACAUUUCGUACUUUAUGGGGGGCCUGGUGAGACAAAACAAGUCUAG